AUGUUAUUUGGCUGUAAUGUUUUGAGUAUACGGUCUUCCGGUACGGUGGCCGAAACCUGCCAAUAUUCGUUACGCACGGAAGCGAAGAGCGACUUCAGUAAGCUGCAAGUGCAACCUGCGCGGACGGUGACCGUGAACUGUAGCAGAUUCCAGCAUCCAAAGUUUAUUCUGCUUGGUCAACCCACGUGUUUUGUAGAGCUCGACAUGUCCACAUUAAAAUUAAUGAGGGCCAUCAGAGUGUCAGAGUUUGGAGCCCCUUCAGUUUUAAAACUUUGCACAGAUAUACCUGUGCCAAGUCCUGGACUGAAACAGGUUCUGAUUCGAGUCCAUGCAUGUGGCGUGAACCCAGUGGAGACGUACAUCCGCUCUGGAUCAUAUGCCCGAAAGCCCAAUUUGCCCUACACUCCCGGAUCAGACGUGUCUGGUGUGAUUGAAGCUGUCGGGGAAGGUGUUCGCCUCCUACGGGCAGGUGACAGAGUCUUCACCACAGGCACUGUGACAGGAGGAUACACUGAGUACACUGUUGCCUCAGAGGACGGUGUUCACAAACUUCCAGAUUCGCUGGAUUUUAAACAGGGCGCAGCAAUCGGAAUCCCAUAUUUCACAGCAUAUCGGGCGUUGUUUCAUAAGGCUCAUGCCAAAGCUGGAGAGACUGUACUAAUCCAUGGUGCCAGUGGUGGGGUAGGCAUUGCAGCAUGUCAGAUUGCUCGAGCAUUUGGACUUAAGGUGCUAGGUACAGCAGGGACACCAGAGGGGAUGAAGCUGGUCCUCAGCAACGGAGCACAUCUUGCUUUCAACCACAGAGACAAAGACUACCUGGAGAAAAUUAAGGCAGCUACUGACCAUCAAGGUGUGAAUGUCAUCAUCGAGAUGUUGUCAAAUGUCAACCUCAGCAAUGACCUACAGCUGCUGGACUUUGGUGGCAGAGUGAUUAUUGUUGGAUGUAGGGGUCCUGUUGAGAUCAACCCCAGAGACACCAUGAUCAAGGAGUCGAGCAUCAUCGGCGUGGCUUUGUUCUUUGCAACUAAGGAAGAAACAUCUGAAUGUGCAGCCGCCCUUUUUGCAGGAUUGGAGGCAGGCUGGUUAAAACCUGUCAUUGGUCCAGAAUAUACACUUGAUAAAGCUGCACAAGCUCAUGAGGACAUCAUCAACAGUCCUGGAGCCAGUGGAAAGAUGAUUCUAAUGAUGUGAAAUUUGUAGGCCCUGACAAUGGGAACAUCAUACGUUAUUAACACUAGCUUGCAGUCUUUCAAUUAACUGCCAAAUUUGUUCUUCAGUGUUAUAUUUUGAUGAUGUGAAUCAUAGAAGGAAGGAACUUGAAUCAUAGAGACUACGAACUGAAUAAAGAAAAGAAAUAUAAGAAAAUGUAAACAUUCAUAGAAAAUAUUAGGAAAAUAAACAUAAAUUAUUUUAUUAUUUUACUAAAAUAAAA